GGCCUUUCUAGCCCAAUGCUGCGCUGCCCAUCCCAGCGUCUCCUGGACAGGAUAGUGCGGCGCUAUGCUGAGGUGCCAGACGCUGGCAGCAUCUACAUGGACCACCUCACCGACCGGGACAAACUGCGCCUGUUAUACACUCUGUCAGUGAACUCACACCCUAUCUUGUUACAGAUCUUCCCCGAUGUGGAGGGGUGGCCCUUCCCGCGGUACUUGGGCUCCUGCGGGCGGCUGGUGGUCAGCGCCAGCACCCGGCCCCUGCGCGACUUCUACGGCGCGGCCCCCGAGGUGGCGGCCGACCUGGCCCUCCAGCUCUUCGCCGUCCUCCGCUCCAUGGCCACCAACGACCUCAACUACUUCUUCUACUUCACCCACCUGGACGCUGGCACCUUCGGUGUGUUCAACAACGGGCAUCUGUUCAUCCGGGAUGCCAGCACGCUGGGGAUCAUCGACAAGGAGGAAGGAAGCCAGCUGAGUGACGGCCAGCAGGAGUAUAAAGAUAUAUUUAGCUGUUUGACUGUGGACUGCCAGUCUGCAUUUGUGUCCUGCGACUCCAUCACAGAGGAGCACAGCCUUGUCAUGGUGUGUCAAGAGCUUUUGCCUAAGCUCCUGAAGGGGAAAUUCCCGCAACCCAUGCAGGAGAAAAUCGACAGCUUCCUGCAGCGCUGCGCCGAUGGCCUCCACAAUGACCAGGGCGUCAGCAAGGCGAUUGCAAAGCUAGUGGAGCUCCUGAAGCCUCUGCGGUCUUGCGAUUCCCGUUUUGCCUACCGCUACCCUGACUGCAAAUACAGUGACAAAUACUGA